AUGUCGACAACAAACAACCCCCAUCCACACAACAUUCGUAAAACCCUACCGGUGCGUCCAAAACCCCUAACACCACCCACAAAUAUCAACAACAACCAACCACAAGUACCAAAGCCUGCGCUAAAACCCACACAGAACUGUCAUCAUACUCAUCCCCAAAACACCAUCCAACGAGUCUCAGAACCCGCCUACAGUCACACACCCACCUCCCCAUACAACCUCACCGCAUUACCUUCGCAAGAGGUUGCUCAGCACCACUGGCCGCCUUCUGUGUAUCAAGCGGCAGUACAAUACGAUUAUCAUGCGCCGCUCACACUUCGUCAACGGUAUUGCGAGGUGCCUGAGUCGAGCGCCUCUACUGGAGAGUUAUGGCCAGCAAAUCAUUCGGUUUCGACGCCCUAUCGACGUCUGAGUGCUGCAUUGCCGCAGAUGGCUGGUAGUCAAGGGGUGUAUGAUCAAAACCCGUAUACAACCACCGAAUAUAUGAAUACCUCCUUACAGCACUCUCCCCCGGAUCCCAAUAUCUUCACCGAGACGACAGAAGAUCGAUACGGUCACGUAACACUGCGACCUGGAUCAUCACAGCACUCUCCGCUUAACCCCAACCCCAAUAUCUUCACCGCGACAACAGAAAAUCAAUAUAAUCACAUACCACCCCGACCACAAUCACCAGGAGCAAAUCGACCUCAACCCCAAGGUGACGAUGUACAACAGGGUCUGCACUGCUCGCAGUGCCAUGAUACUGUCUUUACAGGAUACUGCGCGCGGCGCAACUACAACCGCCACAUGGAACGCCACCACAAGGAAGCAAAAAGUAUCCGCUGCGAUAAACCAGAGUGCGCAAAGACGUUUGGGCGCAAAGACGCGCUACUGGUGCAUCUUCGACGGAGUCACCCAGAGUUGGAUGUUCCGCCAGCGAAGAAGCGGAGAAAUGGGAACUUGGCCUAA